CACGACGUGGCAAUGCCACAUUCUGCCACGUAUACAGACAACUCACCCACUAAAACACCGACACGUGGUUGGCAGGAGGAAUAUGCUACUUGUCUUGAUUACCAACAGCGACGGCUUUGCCCGCCGUCAGACUGACGGAGUGUUUGUGUCCUAAUCCCCCUCCGUUUACUUUAAACCCCCUCGUGUUAUAACCGGGUUAGUUAGGCUUAACAAAGCCAUGUGUUUAAGCACUUUUAAGUAACCUCCUCCUCCUCCUCCAUCUUCUUCUCGUUGUUCUUCAUCCAUUCAUUUUCUCUCCUUCGUUUCUUCCCUCCUCAAUCCCCCCCUCAAUCCCUAUUCUCCUUCGAUUCCCUCGCUCUCUCUCGCUGGAGCGCUUGGCAGGGUUGUAUGGCGCCCGGGCGGCGAUUGCUCCUCUCGCGCAGCAGCGGCCGCGGCCGAAUUCGCUGCGCCGCGCGUGGAUGAGCGACGAGGAGCGAAUCCCAGGCGCUGCUCGCUCCACUCCUCCAUCGCUUCGAUUCAAUUCGUGACGACGCUCCGCCGCACCGGGUCGACGAUUCUAUCUCCUCCGGCAAAAAUUUCCCUCUCUUGCUUGUUCUUCCUCUACCAUUCCAUUCCAUUGCGGCUGCUGCUGCCACAGGAAAUCCUCAUCCAUCUCGCCGCAAGGAGGAAGAAAUCCGCGCGGCAUUCGUCCGCUAGCUCGCCGGGGGGGGGGGGGUUUCAGGGCCGUCUGGAAGACAGGCAGGGUUUCUUCUUCCACCUGUGAGAGAGAGGGGAAGAACACACAAGGAAUAUUUCGAGAGGGAAGAGGACGAAGGAAGAAAUCUUCCAUCGCGAUAGAUAGAAAUCUCCCGGAGGCAAGCAUCCAUCGGAUGGAUUUGAGCGGGCACGACAACAGCAGCAGCGCUAACAGCAUCCGCCCGGAUCUCACCAUUCCCAUGCCGCCGAGCUUCGUCGCGGGGGCAAUGGCCGCGGCCGCCGCGGCAGCCGCCGCCCACGAUUCCUCCACCCCCACCGCCAAGCAGCAGCAGCAGCAGCAGCAAAAUCUCGCCAAGCUCUCCUCCGCGGCAGUGGCAGCGGCCGCGGCGGCAUCCAACAACGGCAACACGGCAGCGGCAUCGAUCGACCCCGGCAAAGAUUUGGCGCUGCUCAAGCCCGACGGUACCAAGAAGGCGGUGCGCUACCGCGAGUGCCUCAAGAACCACGCCGCGGGGAUCGGCGGCCAUGCCCUAGACGGCUGCGGUGAGUUCAUGCCCAACAAGGAGGACGAGAGCUCCAUGCGCUGCGGCGCUUGCGACUGCCACCGCAACUUCCACCGCCGCGAGGUGGAGGGCGAGAAGCCAAUCUGCGACCUGUGCAAGGAGGACGACGGCACCGCGGGCGGCACGCCGGGCGGUACCGCGCGGCACGGCGGCGGUAAGCGGCUGGCGGACUUUGGCGGUGGCGGCGGCGGCGGCGGCGGCGGCGGUGGCCAGCCGCUCAAGAAGAGGUUCCGGACGAAGUUCACCAAUGAGCAGAAGGAGCGGAUGUUUGUGCUGUCGGAGAAGCUGGGGUGGCGGAUCCAGAAGCACGACGAGGCGGAGGUGGCGCAGUUUUGCGCCGACACGGGCGUCAAGCGGCACGUCCUCAAGGUGUGGAUGCACAAUAACAAGCACACUUUUGGUAACAAGAGGUUGUCACCUACAGAUGCUCCUCAUGAUCCCACCUAACCCCCCCUCUCUCUCUCUCUCUCUCCCUCUCCCUCUCUCUCUUUUAUUUCUUACUUCCAUCACUCUCUCACUUCCUCCAUUUUUAACACCUCCAUUUUCAUCUCCUCCAACUCCAAAAUUUUGUUUAAAAUCUCUGUUCUCUCUCUCUCUCUCUCUCCCCCUCUCUUCUGUAGUCCUCUUCUGUAAUCUUGUGUUCUCCAUCAACUGUUUACCCUCUCUUUGUUUCAUUACCAUUUUGUGGUGACUCCAUCAUCUUGAUCCUCAUGGGUGGAGGGAGCUCUCUUUUCUCUUCUCAGCUUUUUCCUCACAGAAAUUCUUAGGCCUAUGUAAUAUGUACACACAGAGAGACAACCAACAGCAUCAACAACAGCAGCCAAUCAACAAUCUACAGUACUUUUCUCCAAUUUUUUUUUUUUUCUUUUUCUUCUUCUAUUUAAGCAUGCAAGUCACAAUGGGCAGAGGAAUUUCAAAAAGUGAAGCUCUUCCCCUCUGCAUCGAGGGGAUUUGGAUUUGCAGCCAAGCAGUAGACUCGAGUGUAUACUACCUUCUGUAUAAGUAUAAACUGGUUGAUACUUUAAACAAUCACACACACACACGCA